AUGACUGGCCAAAUGACAGACCUGAUAUUUGCAGAGAGGGAGCUUGUCCAAUCCCUGAAAGAAUACAUUGAAGCAGAAGAGUUGAAACUCGAAGCUGUGAAGAGCUGGGCUAAUAAACUGGAUAUGCUGACCCGUGCAUCCACGUCGGACCCUGAAGGCUUCCUGGCUCACCCGGUGAAUGCCUACAAGCUGAUGAAGAGACUCAACACCGAGUGGUCCGAAUUAGAGAGUCUGGUGCUGCAGGACCCGUCAGAUGGCUUCAUAUCAAACAUGUCUGUGCACAGACAGAAUUUCCCUGAUGAUGAGGACGAGAAGGGAGCAGCCAAAGCGCUUAUGCGUCUGCAGGACACGUAUAAACUGGACUCGGAAAGUUUCUCCAAAGGCAAUCUGCCAGGUCAGAGGCAGCACUCUGAGACUGUCAUUGCAACACUUUCAAAAGAGGAACAAAUCAAAUACAUCCUUACUAUCAGAAUGACUUCAAAGAGACGUAGCAGACUGUUGUGCCGUUAUCAGGAUGGCAACAGGAACCCGCGUCUGCUGCUCAAGCCAAUGAAGGAGGAGGAUGAGUGGGACAGUCCUCAUAUCGUUCGCUUUCUGGAGGCCCUCUCUGAUGAAGAGAUAAAGAAGAUCAAGGAGCUGGCCAAACCCAAGCUUUCAAGAGCCACAGUCCGAGACCCAAACACAGGUGUUCUGACGGUCGCCCAUUACAGAGUUUCCAAAAGCGCGUGGUUAGAAGAGGAAGAUGAUCCAGUGAUCGCUCGGGUCAAUCAGAGAAUAGAGGACGUCACUGGAUUAUCUGUAAACACCGCAGAACUUCUACAGGUGGCUAACUAUGGCGUUGGAGGUCAAUAUGAACCACAUUAUGAUUUCUCAAGGCGUCCUUUUGACGGCAACCUCAAGGUUGAUGGAAAUAGACUUGCCACCUUUCUGAACUACGUAAGUACAUGUGUUGUGCUUCUGCCGCUCUGCCUGUCUUUACUCUAGCAUUUUAUC